UCAGAGGGAUGAGUUUAAAGAGGCCGCGCGGUAUAGCAUCGGUUCGCGUGUGCCCUGACGUGGAAAGCCGGUUAGUCGGACUGAAUCCUUCGUGCCGGCUGCAUUUACAGGAACGCUCCGCUCCGUUCGUGUUCGAUCCAUUUCAAAGUGUGACCAUCGGCGCGUUCGAUCCUAAAUCCUCGUAAAGGUACCAUCGCGUUUCGAUCCACGGGAAAACCGGUGUUCGUUCCAUCCUCGAAUGUGCGCGAUAGGAACUAAGUGUCCGAGUAAUCUGCGAUGUGAAACGUUUGUCGAUCGAAUGGUGUAUUUUUCAUAUUUCUCUGCAAUUCCAAGUGCACGUGACCAGGAUUUACAGAAUUAACCGAGUCUGCGAGUUUGAGGAUGUCAGCGUAGCGAGUGAAUGAACGUAGGUUGCAAUGUUGCUGUCGUCGCUAUGAACGAGAGUCGUUGCUACGCCGAUUCGCCUGCGUUCGCUGUACAUCAGUCAUUCAACCGGAAUGGGAAGGCACUUAGGGGAUCGAAGAAAAGUGUGCUAUUCUAUACGACUGACUGUGGCGACGAGAAGGAAGAUUUGGGAUUCAAGCUUCAGCAACGAUCAGUGUCUUUGACUGCUCUACAUACCGGUGCUGGUUCACAGCAGCAACUCUUAGAACCCAGAAUGGCGCAACUAGAAACCUUAGAAGCGAAGAUGGCCAGUAUUGAGGUUUCCUUAUCAACGACUCCAAGACGCAAAAAAGGUGGAAGUGUUUCUGGUGGAAUCGCAUCCCCAGCUGGACAUCGAAACAGGGAUCAUUACAAAGAAUUGGAUGCUCUACGUAUUGCAUUACGUGACAAAGAAAAUAUUAUCCAAACAUUAAAAGGACAACUGUGUAACAGCCUAACCAAUCGAUUAGCACUGCGUAACGGUGCACCACCUUUGACUGAAGCAGACAGAAAAGCAACUGAGGAACGCCUUCAAAGGUUACGACGUGAUGCAGACAAUAAACGACUAGCAAUUAAAAACUUAAAACUCGCACUUGAACGUCUCGAUAUUACUGACAAUAUCGAUGUUCGAAUUCAACAAGCUGAGUUAGAGUAUAGACUUGGCCGGGAAGAACUCGAACUUUUAACCCUCCGUGAAGAAAGUCGAGCUCUUCAAGCAGCUUUAGAGUUGGCAGAGUCUCAAGAGAAACAAAAGAAUGACACGAUAUUCAGUUGUAUUUCUGGAUCUACGCAAGUCACGAUUCAUGCGGUCGAGAUCAGCGCCGAUCCAAAAAGUCCUCGAUUUGGUGCAGGACCAAGGGAAGACACACCUGGUCUUUACGUCGAUUGGGCAAUAGAAGAUUCUGGAUUGUGCAAAGGAGAUAGGAUCUUAGAGGUAAAUGGGAAGCUGGUGGUGGGAGCAGGAAGGAGCGACUUGGCAAGACUUCUGGCUGUCGCACCCGAUGCGGCACAAAUCGUGGUCCUUCGAAAAGGUGAAUCCCUCGCAGCACUCCGCACACUUCGAUCAGAUAACCUCAGGCUGACUCACAGAAUCGGAUAUCUCGAAGAACAGGUUAGGGAUCUUCUGGCACCAAGUAGAGCCGAGAUUCCCGCAGAUCCUCCACCGAGUCGCCAAGACCAAGUUCAGGUUUUUCAGAAAGGACCACAGGUGACUGCAUUAGUAGCGAACCUUCCUGAUCUCAAUAUAAGAAAUUCAAUGGAGUUGCGACAAAGUUUACCCACAAUAAGACACAAGCACAGUGAUCAAACAAAGCGUCUAAUAGACUCAAAGGGCUUAAAGGAAAUUGAUCUGUCAUCAGAUAAUGCUUCAAAUAGCCAUAAUAAAUCAAGGACUAGACAGAAACAGCAAGGGUUUCAUAUGACUGGAUCAACGACAAGCCUGGAUUGCAAACAAACGCAAAUACAUCCUCAACUACAACGCAGAAGACCACCACGUAUCGAAACAGCUAUAGAGCAUUUGUCUAAAAAUCGCAGAAACUCGUCGCAAAUGCAAUCAUUGGAUUUCGAUUCUGAACCAACCUAUUACCGGUUUCAGGAUACACAAUCGCGCGCGUCCGAGAAUUCUGACGCUUCGAUGGUGUACAGUUCGCAAGACACGAAAUCACGUCCAGCACCACCGAAGAAGCCGCUUCGAUUAUCUCUUCAUCGUGCAGCGAGUCUUCAAUCUGUGGAAAGCGCACCGCCUACUGCUCAUCACGAUGUAACCAAAAAGGCAACAAAAAGAAAUCACAAAGGCGAAUCGCCAUCUGAGAAAAAUCAACGAGGAAAUCUAAAUGAAGAAACACCCAAUCAAACUCAUGAAUCACAGUAUAAUCCGCCUCAACCACCGUCAAGAACUCCUUCCAGAGCAGAAUCCUGUCAAAGUGCACUAAGAUGGCCGUCCCCUAAACCAAGACCACAUUUGGCACCAGUCACAAUGGAAAAAUGGUGCUAAUUGAAGAAACUGUUACCGCGAGAACAAUAUAAUACAAUUUAAUUAUUCUCAAUUGAACGUACGCAUUUUCUUAUAUGUGUUAUAAAUAAUGUUAACUGCCAAUAAUUGAAGAUCUCUGCUGUUGGAGAAGACUUUUUUCGUAACGCACAAAGCUUGUAGGUAAUAAGUAUGUAAAUACGAUUUAAUAUUUUCAUAUUUGAUACAUUUAAAAAAGACUGAGUCGUUCGGAACUAAAUUUUCUUGUAAACCUUUUUACAAAGUGGUCAUAGAUAACCAAAAAACUGAAAUACAGAGUGAACGCUUGUAAAUGUGUCAUUCUUUAAAACCGUGAACUGAUUUUACAUAUCAAAGUAACAUGAAAAUUUAGUGAAAUUGCUGAGACGUUAUUUUUUCUCCAAUUUCACAAUUUUAAAUGGUAAUGAUAUCUUAGUUUUUGAUUCUAAGUACAAAAUGAGUGGGGGUAAUUUUUCAAAAACGGGUGCAAAACGAAGAGCGGAGCCUGCGCUUUUACUUUAUAAUUUCCAAAAAUAAUGAAUUCUUAAAAUAUAGGAAGAAACAUCCCUUGGAUUUUAAACGAUCAAAAUAACGACAAUGGGUUUUAUGCGGGACAUCCUAUAAAUAGUAAAGCCGAAAUCGCUGUUUACUUAUCGGCUUACCGACGACGUUUAUUAAAACAAGGUCCGAGUCAUGUCUGCAUAGACAGAAUUCAAUGUAUUGUACCGAAAGUUUUUUGCAAAUAUCUCGGAAACGAAGCCGAACCGUAUAAGUUAGUAAGCCGGUUAUAUGUAGAGGAAACAGUUGUCCGAAAAGUUGAUUUUUACAAUGUGCUCAAACGUCGUCGAAAACUGAGAGAAAGUAAGGUUUCAAUAAUUUUACUGAAAAUUAAAAGUAUAACAAUUUGUGGAGAAGGUUUUGUUUUUAAAUGGUUAAUAAUUAAAAAUGUAUUAGUAACAACAAGAGACAAAUCAGUGGAAAUACAACUCAAACAAUUAUUUCGAAAGUAAUUUGAUUGAAUUUUAUUUGCUUCGCAUUAUGCCAGACUCUAACUUAAUUUUUCAUAUAGUAUUCGAUUUCAUUCGGUUUAUACGUAGAAAAAAGAAAAAUUUAUGUAUUGAGAAAAACAUUCAUUCGUUUUACUAAAAAAUUCAAUAUUACUGUUAUACACCAAUUUGGGUAUAAGUUAAAAAAAAAUGUUAUAUUGAACUAUCGCAACUUCAAGUUAAUCAUCUGUCUUUUGCAUAAUAUGCCAUUGUUUACAAUCCUACUGCCGUAAUACGUCGUUAUUUGCGAACCGCUAUAAUCUAGAGGCAUUUUUUAAUUCUUAAUAACUUGAAAAUUGAAUCCAAAAUGCAAUUUUAUCACGUUUGAGCUUUAACAUUUAGAACCGCCUCGUGUACAGUUGACAAAAAAAGACACUUGAAAGGAAUAUGAAUAUAACACGUUGAAUGUCGCAUAAUGGAAAAAAAUAUAAUAUUCAAUCAUUUGAUUGAAUUUCAUUAUUAUUGCACGUUAUUAUAACAUUAUUUAUAAUAUAUAAAUGUUUUCAAAUAAUCAUCGUUUAAUUGAAUGAACUAUAAUAAUUCGAUUUGGUUGGGAGUCACCGAUAACCCCUAUGACAUUCAACGUGUCAAACAAUUAGAAUAGACACUCAUUCUCAUACACAUUUUCGGCUCUAAUAUGUUAUUUGUCAAAACAGUCACACAUACUAAUUUGAUCGUGUAAUAGUGAGAGGAAACAAAUUUUCGUUAAUACGCAGUAUAUAUCCAUUUGUAGGUGAACGCCACGUGUGUACUGUUUAUUCCUACUUAAUGAUUUUCUUAUAAUACGUCUUAUAUUGUGCACUCAUUUAAAACAGAAACAUUCUUAUUUUACUUCGACAUUCGGCAUCUCUAAAGAGACAAUGGUCGUAUCGAAUUUGUUUUUGUGACUCUUCAUAAGAAUGUAUGGCUUUACUUUUUUGACUGGUCGUAACGUAAACUACAUUGUACAAAAUAAUCAUAUUUGGAAAACACGAAAUUAGAAUUUCUUUUAAACGUUACAAAUUUUUGUGUAUAUGCAGUCAAUAAUGUGUUCCUUUCACUUUCGAAUUUCUUUGCAAACUGAGUUCUAUUCUAUAUUUAAUUUAAAGCGUCAAUUUUAUUCACUGUAUUAGAUACCGCACAUGAUUAUUGAUGCAAUUAAUAUUAGCGUUUACGUUUUGUACAUAGUUUGUUAGACAUACUCUACAAUUUAAAUAACGCAGUUCGAAGAUGAUAAUUAUGUGUGAUUUUCCCCUUCCUGUCAUUCCCCAUUUCUCAUCAUUCUCAUUAUAUAAAAUAUACAUCCACAAUUUCAUGUACUAUCUAUAUAUGUAAGAACAAUGAAAAAAAAUAGAGUAGAAGAAAUAGUGGUGAUAUUGCGGUGGAAGGAAUCUAAUUGAAAAAAGGUUAUUCGGUUUUAAUAUUGUGUUAGUGUGAACUGAUUUUCUUUCAUCAUUUCUUUGUAACGUGCUGCCGUAGAGAGCACGAUGGAUUUGCCAUCGUUGCUCGGAUAGCCGCUACAAAUUCGUCGAUAUGAAUAAUAACAUUUUUCUAAUUUUCAAUUUCUCUUAUUGAACAUAUUUUUAAUGGAUUAAGAAGAUUUUCCUAAUAAGAAAUCUGAAUCAGAUUAGUUCAGAUCAUAUAAUCAUGCAUUCUGUAGCCACAAUCAUUUGCUUUUAAUUUUUUAUUCUUUAUAGAAUUUUAAGAAAAAUUGUAAAUCAGUAAUGGACUCACACGCUAUGUGAUUUACAUAUACUUGAUUAAUUUAUUUGUAAAUUUGGAAUUAUUAUUUAUAAGUUUGAUAUUUUUUAUCUUUACCGUUCGUUAUAAUACGAUAAUUUGAUACAGUAUGAGGAUAUUAUUUAUCUUUUACAUUAGCUCUACAAUUUUUUGCUUAUAGAAUAGAACUUAUAUAAUGAAUGUUUUUGACCUAUCCGAAACAUAGUUUUAUUGAAAAUAUAUUUGACGUACAAGUAUACGUAAUAUUUACGAGAAUAUUACGCGAUUUUGAUGGCGUUCUUUUAUAUAAAAAUUUGUCUAAAAUAUAAAAGGUCAGAAGUCUCUCAACAAAAAGUGAGAUUAAACAAGUGAACACUGAAAUACGUAAUAAAAAUCUGAAUUUUUAAGAUAGUAAAAGAAUUACGAGCGUAUCGUAAACUUGGUUUAAACUUAUUCAUUUGUGACACAUUAUUUAUAUAUUUUAAACAAGUAAUUAUUUAUAAUACAUUUAAAUAUUACAUAUAGUAUUCCAUAAAAAGCUUCAGAAAAAUUGAUAUGCAAAAAAAUAAUAAUGAAGUUAGCUUGUCAUAUAAGAAGUUGUUGUACUUUUAAUUCUAUGCUUCAUUAAAGAUUUCUACAAUCCAUUAAAGAUAAAUGUUCUCAUUAAGAAAAUUUGGAAAUCAUAAAAACGUUAUUUUUCACGCAUGUAAAUAUUAUGUAGGUUAUUUUACAGCUGUUGAAGUAAGUAAGAUCCAACAAAAGUAAUUCAGUGUACGAUGAAUGAUUUAAUUUCGUUUGAUGCAACUGUAAACAUAAUAAUCAUAACGCGCAUAGAAUUGUAUGAUGCAUUGUACAACGUAUAUGUAUUUGAUUAUUAUUAUAGUUUUUUUUAAGUCCUGCCGAUUUAUAAAUUUCACUUCGGCGAUUAGAACAAUCUUAUUGUUCGAUUUUAACCGUGAACUAAUUGUGUUAAUUUCUCGUCUUGGACAAAUAAUUUACAUUUAGUAUGAACUGAUAGAUCUUUAUCUCCAUAAACUAAAUGAUGUAUUGUAUACAUAAAAGUAACGAUAUACUGAUAUAUGGGUAGUACAUACGAAGGGAUCAUAAAUAAAGUUAGAACUCAACAACAAAAUUAUGAUCAUAAAAAACUACAUAAUACUUCAACCAAUAAUAUUUGCCUCCAUAUUUGAUCUUUUUUUACAUUAUUUUUCACAUUCUUGAAAUGUCGAAGAUAAUUCUGUAAGCAUACUUUUAAAACACACCUACAUGAGUAACUUCUAUUUAUGGUUUCAUUGAUUUAAUAUCUUGCUCUAUCGUUACUUCCAAGAAUACAAGUAUGAUUUUUCGUACAAUAAAUAAUAAUUAUCUGUAAUCCCUUUUAUAUUUACCCGAUAAGUGAUGUUAUCUUAUUAUACACAGUAAUUGUAGCAAUUGAGACCAGUUAUAGCUUUAUUCUACUUGAAGUUAAAAAAAUCGAAAUGGAAAAUGUUGUAUUAUUUAAUCAAAUUUAUCAUACUAUUACAUGAUUUCUUCAUAAAUAGAUCAUUUUUUUUAAGUGAAACUGUAUAAUUCUCUUGUGUUAAAUGAUUUCUCAAAUAAUUUUCUAAGUAAAUAACUCUGUGCAUCACGAAAUGUUUUAUUUUACGAUUAUGUAUAAAAACCACAUUCAUUUUAUAUCUUUUAUUCGUAACAUGAUUCUAGUAAUAAGUAAUUGAUCCACAAUAAGAUAAUAAAUGUUCAUUGCCACUGUUAAAGUUUAUUCUACGAUACUCUUAACUGCAAUUGAGACAAAGUUAUAGCUUAAUCCACUUUCUGGAAUUACACUGUAUAAUACUUGUCAUCGUAUUCCUUAUAGCAAAAAUGCGAAUAUUUCAACGUAAGUUUUAUAAUCCCUUGAAGUUUACUGUAUCGAGUAUUAUUACAACUAUAAGAUAGAAGGUUUACUCUGUAUUUGUUUGACAAAAAUUGAUUUGAUAAAUAUGUAUAAACAAAGUGGAAUUAAUUUUUUAUCCAAUUGCUAGUCGAAGUGUAAGUUAACGUAGCGCGAUAAUAUGUGAAAAUAUAUCGUACAC